UGAACCACUCUAUGGAGAAGCUUCGAGAAAAUCGCUGCGCGCUGUAUUCUGCUUCGUGCCGGCUGCAGUUUAGGUUACACAACGUGCACGAGUUCUUUAACGUGCGUAAAAUAUUGGUCUCAUAUCCCAUUUGACUUCCAAUUGCAAAGAAACUGCGAUCAUGGCUGCUGCUAACGUUGUAAAGAGACUCAUUCCACUUUUCGACAGAGUCCUUGUACAAAGAGCCGAAGCUAUAACCAAAACGAAAGGUGGUAUUGUAUUGCCAGAAAAAGCACAAGCAAAAGUUUUGCAAGGCACAGUUGUAGCAACAGGACCUGGAGCAAGAAAUGAUAAAGGAGAACAUGUGCCUUUGAGUAUCAAGAUCGGAGACGUUGUAUUACUCCCGGAAUAUGGUGGCACAAAAGUUGAACUUGAUGAUAAGAAAGAAUAUCAUCUGUUUCGCGAAUCGGAUAUAUUAGCCAAAGUAGAAGUUAAAAAUUAAGUUAAUUACUUAUUCCAUUUGUUCCCAGUUUUGUAAACAUUGCAAAUCGUUUCUUUAAAACUUCACGAAUCAAUUUAUGCAGGAAAAUGUGUAAUGUCUCUCGGGUAACUAUGAGUUAUCUAUAUGACUUAGAUAUAAAAAGAUUUAAUUAAAAAAAAAUCUGUUGCUGCUAAAGCGCCGUUGUUUCUUAUUGUCUCAUGUACAUACAAUUUUCUGAUAAAAUAAAAUGUUUGUCUGUCA